AUGGCUUCAAGUUCUUCUAAAGAUUACGUCUUCACUAGAGACUAUCUAGACAACAACCGCAUCAAUUUACAACACUCUCUCUCUGUGCAGCUUUUUGGAUAUCAUAUCCACCAAUCUAUUCCAACUCCAACAGGAAAUUCGAGCAUUGCAGACGUCGGAACGGGUACAGGCAAGCUUCCAAGCUCAGCCCGCUUGGAUGGAUUGGACAUCUUUUUGGAUGCUGCACCACUGCCAGAGUUGCUUCCACAGAAUGUUAAUUUACGUCUGUGGAAUAUCAAAGAUGAUGUUCCAGAGGACUUAGUUGGUGUCUACGAUGUGGUUCAUGUCCGAUUUUUCGCAUUUGUCUUGCAGCAGCCGGACCUCGAAAAUGUUAUUGAUAAUUUGGCUAAACUUCUCAAGCCAGGCGGCUAUCUUCAAUGGACGGAUAUGGACGUGUCCUCAAUUCGACUUGAGAAGAUUAAGCCUGAUAUCGAAGCUGACGCGCAGCUCACGUUGAUGAAAUUAUUUCAGGGGAAUGAAGAUCGACUUCAACCAGCUUGGGUUCCUGAACUGCCAGAAUUACUGACGAGAAAAGGAUUUGCCGACGUUGAAAGUGACGCCAAAGAGUGUCAGCCAUACCUGGCCUUGGCCUUUCACGAAUGUGGGCUACUAGCUACUGAGGUCCUUGCGAGAAACAAGGAGGGUGAAAAAGAUGGAGUAGGUCUGCUCAAGCAAGUGCUAGAUCAGGCUGCGAAGGAGACUCGUCAUGGAUCGAACUUGGCCUUCACCAGAUAUACUUUCAUUGGUCGGAAACAGUGA